GUUUCCAUGGAAGUGACGUCUUGUACCAACUGUCCUUGGAUCUUGUCAGCUGCUCUUAGCUAGAUAGCCAAACAUUUCCUUUCCAUCUUCACCAGGUGACAUGAGAGACCAUCCCAAACAAGUAUGUUCGGCCACAGGUUCUCCUGUCCAACCAACACGUGAAUUUUCAUUAGUACUAAUCUUAGCGUAAUCAUUUGCCCCAAGGAGGAUAUGAACAGGCAACAUGUCCUUCUCAUCAUAAUCGUCCAUGUAGACACCUUUCAGAUGAGGGUAUCUUUUGAGGAUUUCUUUGUAAUGGGGGUUUUCUAGGCGAAGCAACUCAUCUUUCUCUAUCUUAGUUAUACUAACGUCGAGGGCGAAAUCUUUGCUGAGGGAUUCUAUAUGGACAUCGUAAACUUGCAUCUUUCGGGUGGUCACUCCUGUCAACAUUGCAAUUUGUUGUAUACCAGCUGACUUUCAUUUGGCACCAAUUAGCUGAAUGACAGUUGAAGACGCGUAUGAAUGACUAGUGCCGCUGUCCAACAACGCUCGGAAUUUAUAGCAGUUUAUGCGUACAAGCACUACCAGGUGAAUCACAGAACUGGGACCGAUGUGACUCGCAGUCAUUCCAAGCUCUCGAGGCUUCUGAUUUUUGUCACAAAUUGUAGUGUGAUGUUUUCCACCGCAUGUUUGGCAUCUACUCUUGCUCUUACAAUCCACAGCUCUGUGUUUGCCCCCGCACAGUAGAAGCACAGAUGCUUUUCUGCGAAGAUUUUCUUCCGGGCUUCACGUCGAACAAGUUUGUCACAAUUAAGGGCUUUGUGGUUUUCAUCAGAACAGAAGAGACAACCUUUCGUGUGAUACGCAUUACCAUUGUCUCUAUUUGCAAAAAAUGAUCUACCUCUUUCUCUUGGAAACUUCUUCUGUUGACUAUCUUUUACUGGAUUGUUUUUCGUCCACUUUCCGAGAGCUUUAACAAAUUGUUCAAAGGUCCAUUUGUUCCAGUUUCCAUUAGUCAUCGCUAAUUCGCUCUUAAUCGCAUCCAAUUUGUCAACGGUGAAUCUAACUGCCACAUCCAGUUUACCAAGACUGUCCAAUGUUUGUAAUGACUCAACAUUGUAUAACAGUGUUUCAUAAAAGUUGUGUAUUUUCACCACGUCUCUUUCUUGUAUGGUCGGUAACUCCAGUAUACUUCUCACAUAUGCACCAACUACUUCACUCGAAUCUCCAUAUUUUUUCUCCAAAAGACUCUUCGCUUUUUCAUAUCCUUCAUCUGUAAAUGGGAGCCCAUCAAUUAAUUUGCGCACCUUAAUUUCCACUAGCUCCUUUAGGUACGAAAACUUCGUAACAGGAUACACAUUGGAUUUGUCAAUCUGUGCAUGGUUCGUCAGUCUUGAGGUGUUCCGUCAAAUUUAGUUAUAACCAGCUUUGGCAUCUUUGCUGCAGUAGAUACUUUUGAAGUUGAUUGACUCGAUAGUUUUGAAGUUGGUUGUAAUUCCUUAAGUUUCUGUUGGUGCUCCCAGUCUAAUUUCCGUUUCUCUUCAUCUGCUUCCUUCUCUUGUCUUAACUUCUGUUCAGUUAAGCAUUUCUGAAAAUCCAAUUUAUGUUGUUCUUCUUUCAAUGUUAGCUCUUCUUUCGCAGCCAACUCCACACAGCUUAUCUCUUGAGUCAGUCUCCGAACACAUUGGUCUGCUUUGGUUAGCAUUCUUUCAGGUGUUGCAGCCCAUAUCUUUACUUCCUCUUUGUCUUUCCGUUGUAAGAACAUCUUCUCUUCGAUAGUUUCCUUCAAUGUGUUUACCAUCGUCGAUAUAGCACUUACUGAUAAACGUUGUCUCUCUAAUGUUUCCUUGUCCUGUUUAGUAAUGAUGUCAUCCGAUUUGCUCACUCGAUAUUUUAAUGUUUUUAAUUUACCCUCAAGGUCUUCCAAAAGUUUAUCCAUUUUAAUUUGGGUGUUUUUAGCUAGAAUAGCUUUGGUAAAGCUCAACGCUCCCGAAAUUUACGACAAAAAAACGCCCUGAAUAACUUACAAUACGAUAUAGUUUGCUUAACGCCACUGUGUCAAAAACGUAGCACUCUUGAGCCACUAUGCUUCCUUAAAACUCACAGUUCACUUUAGAUAAUGUUCUUUAUUUAAAAUAAAGAAUAAACUCACAUCACGGUAUAUAAACGCUCACUAGAACUCGGGCUCACUAGACACUAUAUAAAAGUAACAUGAAGUUUUCUACAAUAGUGUCUAUAUAUACACAAUAUACAUAUAUUAUCAGAAAAAAUUAAAAGUGUAUAAAGUGUAUAUAGUGUGUGUUCGAGUGAAUGUCAAAGAGUAUAUUGUGUAUAUAGUGUAUAUAUAUACACAUUAUAAUAUAGUCAUUCACGUAUUUCAGCUGUUCUGCAAUCUGAUUGGUUGAAUUACUUGCCAUAUAUCAGCUCAUAUACGGCGAGUAGCGAAAAACAAGAUGGCGGUCCAAAAACUACAUGAGUUUUGCGAAGCAGAAAAAAGGAAAAUAUUCACUUUGAGAAAGAUUAUUAAUAUACAAGGAAACACUCUCAAAAAGUUUUGACAGGUUAGCAAAAUACAUUUAUUACAUAGAAAUUAGUUUAAAUACAAGUUUUUUUAAAGAAUUAAUACCGAAACAACAGCGAAAAAAACAAAAUUCAUUGAUAUAAAUUGUUCAGAAAAGUUUGCAACGAAAGACAAAUGAAUUUGCAGUCAACAAGCACUUACUAUACUACCAAACAUCUGUAUAAUAUAUCUGAGCUUUUCUGUGAGAUAUACCAGUUCUAUAAAACCAUUUCUUUCACUUCAUCUUCGAGUUGUAAAACAAAAGUAUUUCAAAUUUUCAAGGCCAAGCGGUUUUUGGCCAUACAAAUUGCCAAGACAUUGUAACAGGGGAUAAUUAAUUAUUACUUCAGUUAAUGGCUAUUAGACUAUAUUAAAAAACUCAUUAAUAAUUCAUGAAGAAAACACAAAGAAAAAUCAUAAGCGUGUCGUAUCUGUAUAUGUGAUACAGAUUCAUGUUGAUUUACAUAAACUUUAACUUUGAUUUUCUCAGCUUAGAUUAGUCUUUUUUUGAAUAUUGAGUAUGUGUUUUUAUCAUUCGUUUCAUAAUUUGAGUACAGCCGACUUUUAUACACAAGUUACAUCUUGUAAAAGGAAGAUUUCCACAGCAACAAGAGAAUUAUUUGAGAUUGAGAGGGUUAUUUUGAGGAAACUUUGUCAUGGAAAGGUAUGAACAUUACUUGUUUGACUUUUAACUGGAGACAAGGCCAGUCAUUAAAUAAACGUACCUUACUAUGUUUUGUAAACUUUGUCAAUCAUAAAUCUUUUAGUCCAGCAGACAGGCGAAGGCAAUGUGCGUUUAAUGAUACAAACAUGAAACUUGGCACAACUGCAGAACAUCUAAAGGCAAACAUUUUUAGCUAUAGGGCCAUCACGUGUUUGCCACAUGAUCAAGAUGGCAGCCAUUUAAAAAAGUCGAUUGUAUUUUGCUCAAUAUUCAUAUUCAGCGUCGCUAAAGCCUAGUUUCCAUUUGGUCGUUAUCGCUGGCACGACAAGUGGCUGAUGUAAUACCUGAGUGAGUGUCAACAAAACUUUAUAAAACUCUGCAAUCAUUAAGACUGAUUUGCAUAUAACACACAAAAAGACUAUUAUUAUAUUAGACUAUUUCACAUCUACCGCUUGUCGUGCCAGCGACAACUAACGACCAAAUGGAAACUAGGCUUAAGGCUUAUGAAAAUAAAUACCUAUUCUUUACAUGUUUAUAGUACGUAACAGGCUGACAACUUACAUUCAUUACAGUUAGCCAUGGUAACUUUUCCUUACGAUUUAUAUAAAUCUUUUCAAAUAUGAAGAAAUUGAAACCAUGAUGAUGAUUUUGUUUGCAUUAGCACAGAAAGACAAAUUGCAAUGAAUAGCUUUGCCACUGAUUAACAUAGGUAUAAACAGUAAUAUGAUCGUAAGUCAACAGAGUGUCCUCUUCUGAAUACUACGACCGAUUUCACCAUAAAAUGUGAAACUAAGUGCUGGUUAAAUAUUGAUAUGUUUCUAUUGUGUGUAUGAAGCAUACGAUUUUAUUAUUUUAAAUGCAUUCUCCGCCACAAAAAAAGUGCAGUACACUUAAGUGCUGCCUUAGGGCACUUGCAACGACCGCUACAACCUUUCUUGCAUCAACAACGUAAAAGUUCUCUGCAAGCUUUGGAAGCCUCGGGUAGAGUAGACCAACAAAUUUGCCAGCCAUCCAAUUCAUUUCUUUUCCAACCCCAAUUACUUGGACAAGGUAGAUCUUGUACUGCUUUCAAAGCCUGGCCCCAGCAAUAAGAAGCCUGAUAUGUUGCUUGUCGCGAAUGCUGAAGCAGAGCAGCUUUAGUGGGGGGGGAUACUUUCUAUUGACCUUCCCUUCUGUGUAAACAGCUGUUUCCGAACUUGGUUGACACAGUUAAGGCUGCUUGUACGACCAUACAUUAGGAUCACAAAUCGUUCUAAAGACUUCAUGUUGUCGUUAAUGGACUCUGGCUUUUCCAUCAGAGAACAAAACGCCUUGGUGAUGGUUUCGUAGACACUCCACGUACCCCAUGCUGUUUUCUUUUGCCUACCAGCAAAGCACGCGAUUGUAUCGCAGCCGGUGAAUGCGUGGAACAUCGGUAAUGAUAUGCAGCGAUCAUGACCAAGGGCUCUAGCCAUUUCAUGAGCUGCUAGAAAUCGAAAAUUUCUUCCAGUUCGAUCCAAAAGAAAUCCACAGCUCCAUAACGUCAAUGCGUUGAACUGAUGCCACAGCCAGCACAACAACGUCAGUAUCAACAGUGCGUAUGGAGAGUUUGUUGUAACCAUUUGCCACAGCGUCUGUAAGAUGAAUAAUAAUUCUCGUAUCAGCUUCUUCAUGGGUACAAGGGGCAAGUUUUGAUAAUUCUAUGGUAUGGUUACACAAUACAUCAGAGUUAUAUGUGCUGAUUAUCACCUUAUCGUUUUCACUGGUUGUCGAUGUCAAAAUGGUAACGAACAGCUCUGUUUUAUUCUCGUCAAUGCGAGGGAACUCUUGCCAGUUUCCAGGAAUCGCAGUGGAAGCUUCCACUUGCCUGCCAACUCCUUUUCCCCUCCUUUUUCGAAUUUCGAGCUUUAAGCUGUCCGGAAAGUAUUGAUCCCAAAUAAUGUCAAUUCUUUCUACGUGUUGCAACUGAGAAACAAUAUAUGGCAAAAACACUUGCCGUGCAUAAUCCAAGAAUGUCUUCGCAGCUCCAGGAUGCAGCAUAUUCACUAUAGCAGAGCCAUCGAAAAUAGUCGCUUGUACACUGGGAUGAAUGGUGCUCUCCUGAAAAGGUACAAGAUCUUCUAGGCAUGCAACAAGAUCGGCCUUCUUCGUUGCUCACAUGGCGCCAUUCUGGGACAACACUGGUGGGUAUGCUUGAUUCUCGUGCUCGUCAAGAUUGCCAUCACGCACUUGAGAUGCUACGUACAGCCUAGAGAAAAGUGAGCGAUCAUUCUUAAGGGAUGUUAAUUGUUGCUGAGUCUUGUUUUUCUCUUUUACUUGAGGUCGUCCAAAAACAGGAAGACCGUUCUUCUUGAAUGGAUCAGAAACUGGUAAAUUUUGAUUGACUAGCCGCUCGUUGACGUACGCGCUAUGCUGUUCCUGUCCCAACUUUUUAAUCUGAAACACAAUUUCAACAAUGGCUUUCUCAGCAAUAUUCCUGUUGUCAAGUACAAGAAGAUCACAGCUAUCUUCACAGAACGGAUUUCCAAAAUGGUCAAUAGUGUUAACUAAGCUACAUGCAUCGCGCUUAAAUGCCGUCUGCGCAUGUUCUGUGUCCUCGUGAUGGCGUAAAUCUGUAGUUUUCUUCUUGUUUGCGGAAAUCUCAAACUCUUGGAUCAGUCUAGCCAUCUCAGGACUGGACGCCAUCCAGCGAUGAAGAGCAGCAGGAUUCUCGGUCAGACCCACGGCCCCACCGUCACCCUUUACAAGAGCACUAUUUUGCUCGUGAGCUUGGUCAAUAGAAAUGGCAGAGAAUCGACGAGUUGUCUUCUUUACAACAAACUUUCCAUUCGUAAACUCAAAAAAUGCAGUUGGAUGAAUAUCUCUCAAUGCAACCAUGUCCCUAAUGUGCACAGGUAACCACCUUGCAUAAUGAAUGUGGUCAAAGGCAAAGAACCAGGGCACUAUAUUUGUAAGGGCAUCGAUGUAGAGAUUGAAAUCGCCUUCCCUCAAAGCCCUUACAAAUAUCAGGAUAGCUAUUUCAAACUGCAAGACCAGAAACCAGAAUUUGAACUGCGGAUAAUAUAAUCGGCAGAUUUGUUAGAACACCAGUUGUUAAAGGACAUGUGAGGAGCAUUCUCUUCUAGGUUGCUUGAAUACACGAAAUAAGCUUGUUUUACCAAAAUAUACAAGGAACAUGCUGUUACUUGAUGCGCUCGCCGAGUACGUGUAACAUGAGAGGCAUGUAGAAAUGACUCAGCUGUCCCCGGUGACGCGACUUUCGCCUCUCCCAAUGCGGCAGUCCAGCCACGUCCGUUGAGCAGUGUACCCAGUGCUUUGAGCGCAGCCAUUUCAAUGUGGAGACCACCAAACAUCACAAUGAACUGACUUUCUCCAUGGCUUGCUUUCCAGUUCCACUGGCUUUGCUUUCCAAUCGCGUAUGGCGCGGUUGGUCAACAGUAAUGAUUGGUACCUGACCAGGGUUGAGAAUUUCAGUUGCCCUCUUUAUGACAUCCAUCGCGUGGCGAAUCAUUGCUAUGGAAUGAGCUUCAUCAUAAAAUAAGGGCAAAAGUGAUGUUUGGGUUACACUGGCAUUCGAAAUUUCCUUAUGUCGUCGAAGGUUGGAAUAAAAGGCAGACCAUGACACUUUUUUUCUCCAAUGCUAUCUUUUUCUGAAUUCUCUUCAUUUGUGGUGAACCGAGUCACUAUCGGCAUCCAGAUCAUACAUCUGUCUUAAUGCUAUACAAAUAUCAUCCUUAAAAACGAGAACAACUUUAUUGGCCUGGCUACGAGCUUCCAUUUCCGGGAAAUAGCAGAAAAUUCUAUUCUUCAGUCAGGUGGAAUGAACACGUCCUGACACACUUGUGCGAAGUUGUUCCAAUCGCUUCGUGUAAAGGCUUACUAGAUCUGUCAGGUACAAAAUUGGUGCUACAAUAUUGUCGUUCUGGACGUUUUCAAUAUAGCUAACUAGUUCAGCAAGAGCAAUGCCAUGGUUGAUUAAUUCCUCAUCAGUAUUUGUAUGUGUUUCCGUUUCGCGCAUUCUGUUGUACAGUGAAACGAGGCACUUGCUGUGGUAUUGAGCAUCCUGAGCCACCAUAUCUCCAGAACUCAGUUUAGCUAGCAGGGAUUCGUCUUGCAAUCAUACGUUGAGCACAUGUACGAACGCGAAAAUCAAGUUCGAGUGUUGCUGCUUUUCGUAAAGACUCUCCUACUUUUGCUUCCAUGUCACAAACACAGCAGCGAGGAACAUCGGAAGACGCUUGCUUUAUACGCCGACGUAUUAACUUUGGAGGAACGUCACUUGUCGUGUUGUCUGGAGAUGUUGCCUUUCGUUUUUCUGCCCUGUGAAGUUUUGAUUUGUUAAACUUGAGUCUACAGGUAUCAUGCUGUUUAGCUCUAUUAACUUUCUUCAACACCUUUACCUUCAUCAAUUUGAGACAUUUAUUUGCUUUGGUAAACAACCGAGCUAUUCAAAUGCAAUGAGAUUUUCAGCGGUUGUUUUAUAACCAGCUCCAUCUGUGCCACGCUUAGAAUCGGCAGGGCAAGAGAGACUUUCAGAAGUGCUGUCUAGACACAAAAUACAUUUAUUCCAAUCGAUCUCUGUCCGCUGUUUAUCUGAUGUUGUUGGUUCAAAAGGAUUUACAACUUUGUAGAUUUUCACCAUUGCAUAUUCGCUAAGACUGAUCACAUUAUGCGUUUUGUGUCCUAAUAUAUUUAAGAAAGCAUAGAGACUCUGAAAGUUAAAGAAUGAAAUAAAUUUUCAGUCAAAUACAAUUACAUUCUUAAUACCAACACGUUUUCAACGCUUGCCAUAAUGACGUAAUGUCUUUCGAACUUUUCAUAAUAUCAUCAUAUAUUCAUAUUAUGUGUUUAUAUACGCAUGUAUAUUAAAUUAGCUUUAACUAGCGAAAUUUCAUUGGUUUUUAUAAGGAAAAGUCUGUCUUAGUAGAGUUCUAUAUGCCUUUUUUGCAAAAAAUAAUUAAAAAGUAGUAAGGCCAAAAAAAAAAUAUGUGGGUUUCCGGUUUCUUCUUAUAAAAACUUAGGUAGGGUAGGUCGGUUUUAACUUUUUUUUUUAAACUUUUUUUUUAAUUUUCCGAAUAAGCGGACGCCAUUUUGUUUAGUCAGUGCUUCCACAUCCAAAGAUAAAUUUCCCUAAUAUUGCCUCAAAUUUCAAUUUUUCACAAACCUUUUUCCUCUAAGUGGAAACACUUACAAGCGUGAUCCAAUAAAAAAGUUUAGGGUUGGGAUUUCGACGUCCAAAAGCUAGGUAGGGUCGGGAAACCGGAAACCCACAUAUUUUUUUUUUUGGCCUAAAGACAAUGACAAGUACUUACAUAUAUUGUAGAGCUUCGUUCUUCUUUAGCAUUUGGACUGUCUAUCAUUACAGUCAGCGGUUGAUUACUUUAUGAAGAAUAUGAAGAAUUUACGAAGAAUAUGAUUACUUUAUGUUAGUCAGUUUGCAACAAACUUGUUUAAUUAAUUAAGAAUAUAACAUUAAAACUUGAGGAAUGAAAAUUCUUUAAUUGAAAAGUUCAUUGAGCAGCCAAUAAUUGAACUAUACUAUUUGUAUCAGGCCCAUGACAAAAAAGAAGAGUUUGGUCAUAAAUAGGCAAAUUAAAUGAUGCUAAUAUUUUCUGGCUCUAAAUAUGGAAUAGAAAAUAUUUCCUACCAGAUUUUUUUGUAAAGGUUGAAUAGAAAGCUGGUUUAAUACAACAGAUCUUUUGUAAUAGCCGCCAUAUUGGUCACGUGACUUACAGGUGAUGGCCCUAUAGCAACAAAUGUUUGUAUUGGUAUGAUGUAUCAUUGUGCAAAGUUUCAUGCUUGUAUCAUUAAACGCACAAGUUGCAAAAAAAUUGCAUAUAUCUGCUGGACUAUUUACACCUUCUCAUAUUUAAAUAUCCAGCAAAUACCUGUGCAGGACACAAUGUUUAUACUUGUCUUGCUUUGUUUAUGCCACUGCAGAUGGAAUAUUAUGUGAAGUGGAAGGGCUACUCAAGCUUAGAAAACACAUGGGAACCUGAAGAACAUCUAAAUGUCACCGCAAUAAGGUGUUAAUCCUAUAUAUUCUUUAUUAGUCAAUAAUUAUUUACAAUAUAUCUAUAUAAUUUGAGCAUAGGUAUUUCAUUGGUUAUAAUAUGAUUUCAAACACUCAGUUCCUGUGUGCUGUCCUUUAUUAUCAUGCUAUAUCUUACUGAAUGCAGAAUUAUACCUAUCCCAUGAAGGGAAAACAUCUAUAAACUAUAAUAUUUUCAUUCAUUCAAAACCUCGAUUUCAUCUGAAAGGGAUCUAUAACUAUAUAACUAUAGUUGUACUAUUUUAAUUAAUUGUAUUUUUGAUAGGUCAUUUGCAAAUCCAUCUGCUGAAUCAAUACAGCAGGGAAAAGAUGGUUUGGCCUGCGGAUUGCUGGAGCAACUAAAAUCAAGGAGUGUUCUUCCCACAGUCAUUCCUUUUCGUCACAAUGUUUUUGAGUACUGUCUAUACUUUUGAACGAAGCUGAUUUUGAUGCAUGCGAUUUACCCAAGGAUUGGGAUAACAUAAUGGACCACAUAAGAGAUGGUCUGAGGAUAGAUUUUCCUGUGAUGAUUUGCCCUUUCCUGUCAUGGAGCCCGAAGACUUGUGCUUUGGUUGGAGGAACAAUUGUGCCAUAUUUCGUCCAGAGAAGGUUGGUAUUUCCAUUUGUUAAACAGCAUUUAGUUUAUCAUAAAAUAGACUAAAUGCUGUUUUCUGCUGUUUUUCUGCUGAGAAGAUUAGGUUAUCCAACUAGAAGUUAGUGACUUCCUGACAAAAGGCACUUACUCGAAAACGUUGAAGAAAUUAGUAUAUUCUUAUUUUUCAGGAGUUGGAUAACCUACUCUUCUCGGUUACUAUUCGCAUCGCUACCUACACUGGCAUCCGCGUCGCAAGACUGUAUUGAUAGAAAUCCUGCCUCUGUGUUCCCUGACAGUACAAAAAUUUGAUUUGAUGUAUUACAUAUUAUUUAAUUUAACCCAUUUCUGACCAGUCUGAAAGGAACUUUUUAUAAUUUUUGAGAAACAGCAUGGGAGAGGUUAUUACCAACGGAGUCCUUGGUCUGAAUGGGUUAAGUUUAUAAUAUUUAUAUAUAAUAUUGAACAGUUAGUGCCAGUGAAGGUAGUGAAGAUAGCCUUUGUCAGGACUCUGCUUGAAACAUCAAAAUUCUGCUAAUAUUAUGUAUUAUAGUUAAUUUGUCCUGUCUGUGAUCAUGAACAUGGAUAUAGUUCUUAGAUUGAUUUUCUUCGUUUGUUUCGAAUUUGAGUUUCCCAGCAAUGUGCAUCUGUCUUGUUGUAUGACCUCUUCAUGCGUUCACUGUCACGUAGUUCCCACUGCCUGCAUUCCAAUUCGAGAACAUCUGAUGUAGGAUUCUUAUUGUUGGAUUUUAACAGAACCACUUUUCUUGCCACAUUUUUUUCAACCCCCUGUCCAGUGAAGAUUUUGAUUGAUCGAUACAACUGCAUAAAUCUGGGUAUAUGGUAGACAAGUGAAUACAUGUAAGGGGUCACUGAUGCUCUGCUAUAUCCCUUGUGAAUUGACAAUGUUCUCAAAGAUGUAAAUAGAUUUAUCCGAUUUUUUUCCUUUUGAAAAAAAUUCUCAGAAAUCUCAGGGGUAAUUGUGCUAUUACUUGUAAUUAUUCUGUUGAGUUCAUGAAAAUCCUUCCAGAUGUUAAUAACUACAUCACAUGUUUCCGGCAUGAGACACUCGUCACACUCUCUCAACUUAUGGGGAAGCUCAGCUAAGAGUUUCUUAUCUGGGCCAAGAAGACUAGUAAAGUCUUAUUGUCCAGAUCCAUUCCCAUCUUCAUUUCUUUUCUCCCAAAUGUCGAAACUGACACAGCAAGACCUGAUUGGUUGAUCGCAAUUUUUCUAAUUCUUGUAUUUUUUUCACACUUUUUUGUUGUUGAAAUUUUCUUUUUUGUCCCAGGAAAUCACUUCCUGAAUUAUGUUGUUCAAUAAGACAUCCAUUACUCUAAGUAAUGAAUGAAGCUCAUCCAAAACAACUUGGUCUGAAUCAAUCUUAAUUCAUUAUCGGCUUGUGCACGCAAAAGUACUUGCCUCGAGUUCCCUCUUUAUUUGCCAUGUCAAUUACUUGUUGCAGCGUGCACCUGAGUGGAGGAGAGUUAUAACAAUUUAAAUCUUUGUCCAUUUGCCACCGUUUUUUCUUUUUUACCUUUCUUUUUUAAGUUGCCAAUUUCAUUCCCAACAUUAUCAAAAGGAAUUUGUAAUCCGCUCCGAGGAAGAAUUUAAGAUCAAAUUUUGAAUUAUCAAUUGUUAUUUCACUCACCUCAAUUAAAUCAUUUAUCUCCUGAAAAACUGCUCCGAAUGAGUCAUUAUUGAGAGUUUCAUAACGUUCCGAGCCUUGACAACUGCAAAAGUAUGAUUUCCACUUGCCAACAUUACACUAUUUUCGCCUUGAAGUAAAGAAAAGGAAAGCAAGAUGAAACUUGACUUCCUUGUCAUUUCUGCCCCAUCACCAGAAAUUUUUAUCUGUAUUUUCUCUUUACUCCAAUCCAUCAUCAAGUCAUGUUCAUUCACAACAUCCUGAAUUUGUGAUUUCAACAAAUCUGUAAAAGAUAACUGGGCACCAUCUGCUUCAGCAGGGGUUGGGAUAACCUCACUGAUAUAAUUAAACUGCCCUCUCCUCUGUUUAACCAGGUAAGAUUUGGGAAGACCAUCGACAAUCAUAGUCAGUUCAUGGUAGAACGAAUCUCUAACACAAAAUUUAUCCAGGAGAAACAAAACUUGUUCAAUUUUUUCUUUGUCAUAAUCAGUCAAACUGUCAAAACCCUUGCUGCCAUAGUUGUAUUACUGGUAUAAAGAUUGUGGAAUAUUCCUGUCCGUUGUUCCAUAGCUUUGAUUCCUUUCAAUUCUAGGCCAAAUGAUUUCAUGAACCAGAGUGCAAUUUUAGCAUGUGACAUAAAAGUAUUAAGAGAUCUCGACUUUUUGGAACAUUGGACACAUCCUUGCCCUUAUUUUGAAAAGUUUGUUUAUUUUCAAGACAAUUAAUAUAAUCAAGAAGUUACUUGUUUACAUUGUGAAGAUUUCUGAUCUCUUUAUCGUUAAGCACAGUAACCAUCUCUGUGUACAACUUCUCUUUCUCUUCUUUGAGAUUUUGGUAACCUUUGCCGCCAUUUCUCAAGCUCAUCAGAGGCCGCUGUCAUUUUCUUUUUGCAGAUCCUUCACUGAAAUUACCAUUCUCUCCAAUACAUGAAACCUUUUUGAACUAGCAUCUAAUUCCAUUCUUUUCCUCCCUCCCUUUGUAUUGUUGUAUGCCAUUUUAUCCUUAUUUGGGCAACAAUCCUCAGCUGUAUGAUCUUCAGUUGUCUGGUUUCUUGAACUCUGGAUAACUAUAUAUUCUUGCCAUCAUUUCAGCAGUGGAUAUGGAAUAUCUACUGCAAAUAUUGGCUGCCUGGAAGUGUCUUUUGCGGCAUAUGCUAAUGAGGUCUUUCAAUGCCUAAUUUCCAUUCCAACAUUGAUUUUACAAGAGGAAUAUCAGACAUUUUAAAAACUUAGAACAGAUGAUAAAUUAAAAUCAACAACCCACACACCUUGUUCUUGUUUGAUGUACUGCUUGUAAUCUAUUUUAUAACGUUACCGACUGAAAAUAUUGUAAUUUGUUGAAAAUAUUGAAACUAUAUUUUCAAUUUUCGUGCUAUUUUGAGCCAUUGUGUACCUCCUUUUAUUGGCCAGCAACCAUUAGCAUUAAUGUUUACAAAAUGGUGUUAAAGAAUACAGUUGUAUGAUCGAAAUUUUGGAGAAUUUCACAGCUGUUCAUCACUACAAGCUCUUCGGUUGUAAGAAUUCAAGCUUGCAGUUUGUUAAAAAAAGAGACGAGUUUAAAACCAUUUGGCUGUAGGAAUACAAGCUAAGGGGGGGGGGGGGGUUCUAAAGCAACACAAAAUGACAGUUUGAACAUUGUACAGGAACAUAGCAGCCAAAGGGGAUUUCACCGUUUUAAUGGAGUUACUCGGGCCGGAUAAUAGCAAAUUGUGAGACGUCAAGAGUUUGUAAGACAACAUUGUUGAGGUAUUUUAUAGAUUUGUAGACGUGGGCAACUUGAAAAUUUUACACUCUUUGUGUAUGCGAUUUUAUAUUUUUAUACUGUUAAAGCUCUAUAUUUCCGCCAUCUUGAAUUUGUAACAUUUGUUAGCUCUGUGCAUAUACUGACAAAGCCAACCGCCAUACUGUCCUUCAUCUCUAGCCAUGUUGGCUUUCGAUUGUGAUACAGACAAACCAGAUGAAGCUGCAACCCUAAUAAGUUUCCUAUCUUUUUCACUGCUAGCCAGACUACACAAAAGUUUAAUUUCUACCUUAAUUGCUCAAUUUUUCACACUUGUUCUCUGGCACUUGUUCUCAAUGAACUGGGAAAGUUUUUUAUUAUCUCUUCCACUUGACUACUCUGUAACGAAUAAUUUUUUUAUAGGAAAAUGGCCAUGGGCAACUGCAUUAACUGACGAACAGCUUUGUCCGAUUUAUACUGGAAGUGAUUGAAAUGCUUCUUGUAGAGUAAUGCCAACUGACAAAUGUUAUCUUUAAUAACUUCUUUAGCUGCAUUAAUUAGUGAUUUACAAUAACCUUGAAAAUAACAGUAAAUUUUCUGUUCUCUUAGAAACUCUUCUAGUGUUAAAUCCUUGACGUGUGAAAUAUACAUAUUGUCAACUUUGCAGUCCUGACUCAACUUAACAACAUAUUCUAGAUAUUUAACAUAACAUAAGUUUGAUGCUGGAUCAAUGCAAUUUUCAUAUAAAACCAAAGUACAAUCAGAAUAAUUAUGCAACUGAGGGAGGAAAAUCUGUAACGGUCAGCAGCAUUAAAAUAUGGAACAAUCUCCCGAAGGAUAUUAAGACGAAACCUAGCGUUAAUUCCUUUAAGUUUGCCCUUAAAAAAUACUUCUUAGAAUCUUAUAAGGGCAUCGAUCGCUUUGAAUUAUUAUUGUGAUCAGCAAGUUGUACUGUAUAUAAUUUGUAUAUAUAAAUUUAUAAUCCUAAGAUCUUUUACAUAUUUACUCUAAAUAGCUUUUAGAUGUUUUAAAGUAGAAUUAAUAACUUUGUAUGUAUUGUAUAUGAGGGCCACAGGUUUUUCAGUUAUAUUGCUGUCAUGUGUUUUUACCCUCUUUAAAUAAAGUUGUUCAUUCAUUCAUUCAUAAUGUACUUUGGACUUGUCCCACAUAUUUGCUUAUUUAAUAUAUUUCAGCUCAAAAGCCUCCAAAGACAAAUGCAUCUGCGAACAAAGUCAAACGAAAGUCAAAUGUUGAGAAAUCAUUGGAAGUGGUACUGCAAAAAUCUCAAGAAUUUUCAAACGAAGACUUUAAGAGGUGAGUCAUUGUAAUUAUCUAGCUAGAAAUUCACCAUCCUUGCAAGAGCCACAAAUGAGUCAUAAAAGGUCAGAAAAAUUGCUUUUAUAUGUUGUAUUUUAUUUGUUAAUAUCGUGAAUAUUUCAUUGCCACUUUCAAGGUCAUGUUCAUUGACCCAAAACAUGCAUAAGUACAAAGGGAAUUUAACAUAAGUAAAAUGUGAUAUACAGGGUGUCCCAAAAAAAAAAAAAAAAAAGUAUUGAAAUCACUUAUUGUUAAAAUUGAAUGCUCUACCAAAAAGCUGAACGUAAUGAUGCAUAAAAUAUUGACAAAGUGCAUGUAUUAAAAUUUAGUUAAGAACAUCUCCUUGUAAAGUGCGCGAUUUUCUGCUCUUGAGAAUUUAAAGCAGCUUCUUAAAUAGUUUCUUUAUGCAUAAAAUUUACUUAUGUCAAUAAUUUAUGCACUAGUGGGAACCAACAGAGUGCUAAGGCAUUCAAAUUCUAACAAUUAAAUUGAUAUCGGUGAUUUCAAUAGUUUUUGUUUUUUUGGGACACUGUGUAUAUACAAAAUUAUUCAAAAUUUCUUUUAUUAAAUUACUAAACAAAAAAGUUAUCAAAACAUUUGAGAAAACGAGAUCUUUACAGCAAAAAUCACAAUAUAUUUCAACAGUUUUUAAUCGAACUGCGCGUUGAGAAUAAAUAUCUUGAAUAAUAUAAUGAGACACAAUGAUUCGUGUGUUGCAUUUUGGGAAAACCCUCAUUCCUCCUCUGAUGUCAAAUUGAGCACCCUUAACACCAAAGUCUGAAAAUAUUGUCUGCCUCAAGCACAUGGGGUUUUCAUUCAUGAUGAAUUUCCACAUUUGGGUUGUGCAAAGGCUGGAUAACAAACCAUUGUGUAGGCCUGCACAACCACUCUCGUGGACGUAGCUUUCCAAGUUCUUUGACGGCCCAAAGUGUACCACAUGUCGAAAACUUUUACAAUCAAUGCCCAUGCCAAAUGCAAUGGUUGAUAUUAGUACAGGAAUAUGUCCAGUUGCUUUGCUUUUUCACUUGGUCAGGUUUACCAGCAUGCAUAGAUGCCAAGGUGGAGUGAUCUGCAUGUGUGAGACACCAUCCACAGACGCAAUCCAAUGCCCCCCCCCCCCUUUGGAUCUCUGAUAUGGAAUUUCCAGCGUUUCAUUCCCAGGAUACUGUAAUCAGAUAGCAUUUACGCACUGGAAAUAGGCUCAAUUUAUGGCAUCAAAUGAGGUGUUGACAGCAAAUUCACACUGAUACUAAACACCUACCCACUCUAUUGCAUUCACCAGAUUAAUUUACUGACUAGUUUCAUAGUGUAAAAUAGAAAAACUAAAUGCCAAAACAUUUCACAGGUUUCCAAAGUUUACAUUGCUCUCCAGAUUUACAUUUUUUUAUUAAACUCUUCAAUCACAAGCAGCCAAAGCAGCCCACGUGUGAGAUAAAUAAUACUGCGCAUGUGAGCGUGAGAAAAUAUGCUGAGGCAUGUGUCACACACAUAAUGUGAGGUAUGAGCAUGGUACAUUUCAACAACUCUGUUCUGAGGUCUGUUAAUACCAUUGUAUAGGUUGUUUACAAUGCUGUACAUAACUUUUUGAAGGUGGAGAGAUCGUAGAAGAUUGGUUGGCUGACAGUGGCAUAGCCAGACCUUCAUUUUUAGGGGGCGAAGCGAACAGAGAAGGUGUGAGACUGCCUAGGGGGUCCAGGGGAAUCUAGAGUCCCUGAAAUGCGAUUUCAAGCAUUUUGGGAGUGAAAUCUUGCAGAAUUCCUAAAUUAUAAAGGACCUCGAGACAUAAAUUUUCCCAGACAUUUCUACUCGGAAUGAAAUAAAUUGGAAAAGUCACCCCGAAAAACAGGGGGACGGGUCAGUGUCACCUUAUUUCCCCUCUGUGAUGCUCUGGGGAGAAAAUAUCAAUGUGAUUUUGAUCAGAAAUUUUGAUUUUAAAUAAUUUUAGGUUCUAUGAGACACUAUUUCCACAUUCUCAAAAUUGCUUUGUUUUUUUAUACGAUACAGAAUAAGUUUGAGAAGAAUAUUCAUGCUAUGAUAAUGCAUACAUGUAAAUCUAAACUAAAUCUAUUCUUCUUGGAACCAUAUCUACAAUGUGCCAUCCAAAUGCAAAAUAAUGAUUUACAAUCAUAUGUGCAAUCAGGGGCGGCACUAGACAGACCUCUUUGAAUUGGGGAGUUUAAGGCAAAUUUUGCCUAGUCACUGCAGCCACUAAUUGAUUAAAUUUCUUUUCCCAAAAGUGUUGGCAACCAGGUGGGUGGUUAGUGGUAGCACAUCUUACAUGAACCUUGAUAAUUCUGAAUAUAAAAAAGCUCAUCCAAUAAGGUGUAGAGAAUUAGCAGCUUAUACUUGAGAUUACAUGGCGUUUAGAGAGAUGGGGGGUCAGUGGACUUGAGCCGAAAAUGUUUAUUGUAUGUUUUUAGUUGUAUGUUUAUAGUUAUAUGUUUAAUAUUGUUUUAUGUAUAAGAUUUCUUCCAAUAAUAACUGGGUAACAUUAGAAAGUUACAGAUGUGGCUUCCUUCAAUUUCAGGCCCACCCAUCUGAUAAAUAAUGAACAGUCCCUAUAACUUACAUGUGUACAUGAAAAAUGAAAAGGGCAAAGUAAAACGGAGAAAAGUCCAUUUCCAAAAGACCGAAAAUAGCUAGAUUUUAGAGUUGAUAUGUAAGUUUCAUUUCACAUGGUCAUGAAGUUAAAAUUGUUUAUAACUUUGAGUUUUGUUGGUUUGUAAUGUUGUUGUAUAUGAUUUGUACACUUUAAUGACUUCAUAUAAAAAUUUUAGAACGAUUUUCAAGAUACUUUUGGCAAGCACUUCCAUUUUGUCAGGUAUUUUUGCCCUGGCCAAAGCCAGUGUUUGUAAGCCUAAGUUGGUAAUAGACAUUCACUGAACUGGAUUGUGGCAGGAAUGGUGAGGUGCAUUUCUUGCACCACAAAGGUAAUCUAAAUUCAGCUUGAAGUAAGGUGCAAUUAGCGCCAUCUUGACAGAGAGGUAUGUCAAAUGAUGAUCUGAACCUCGAUUGGAAUAGAUGAAAAGGAUUGGAUCCAACAGCAACAAUAACUUGACAUCCAUGUUUUUCGGAAGUGACAGGCAAGUCAGCAAAUAAAAAUGACCCCAUCCCGACUCCCAAGAGGCUACAACUCCAUUGUUGUCGGAACCAUUUACCACCCACCACACGCUAAUGACCCUGCUAUGAGAGAAUAUUUAACCAAGUGUUUAUCGUAUAUUGAAUCGCAUUAUAGUAAUUGCGGUGUUGUGAUUGCUGGGGAUUUUAAUCGCUUAGAAACAACGCAUUUGCAAAAUAGCUUUAAAUUAAAACAAAUUGUGAAUUUCCCAACGUGUGGUGUAGCCACACUUGAUUUAAUUCUUACCAACAUCAACGAGUUUUAUCAAUCCCCCAUCAAACACCCUCCACUUGGUUUGUCAGAUCAUCUGUCUAUUGAAAUCCAACCUCGUGAAAGAUGUACCAUGAAUGGUGUCAAGAUCAAAAUUAGAUCAAGAGAUUUGCAUCCUAGUAAACGUGCAGCAAUGGCGACCUAUCUACAACAAGCAGAUGUCAAUUCUCUAAUUGGUGCUGUUGAUAGCUGUCAAGAGAAAACUCUACUCCUGCAGGAAAUUAUUACAACUGGCCUUGACUUCAUUUUACCUACUCGUACCCGAACAGUUCACUCGACAGAACCACCCUGGAUUACAUCGACUUUAAAAGAGUUAAUCCAAAAGAGACAAAAAGCACUAGCUAGCAGUAACGAGUAUGAGUUUCGUAGACUGAGGAAUCGGGUUAACAGAGAACGUAAGAAAUGCCGUGGCAAAUAUUACCAAGCAAAAGUGGAGAACUUAAAAAAAUGCAAGCCAUCUUCAUGGUGGAAUGAAGUUAAAAAACUGAGUGGUUGUUCCCCGUCUAGCUCCACACAGGGUAACCUUGCUAAGUCUCUUCAACAUCAAUAUGCAGCAUUGGACGAAGUGAGUUUAGCAAAUACCAUUAACUAAGCUUUCAUUUCCCCCAUGCACGACUAUACUCUCCUCCAAAAUAAUCUUCAACAUAAUCAUGAUAAUCACGAUCCCCUUGUUGUAUCCUCCUACUCAGUAUUUAUCAAAUUGUCAAAGUUAAACCCCAGCAAGUCUAGCGGUCCUGACAAUAUGCCGGUGUGGGUUUUGAAAGAGAACGCAGAUGUAUUGGCCUCGGCAGUUUCGGAUAUACUAAAUAGUUCUUAUCGUGAAGGAAAAUUACCAACACCAUGGAAAGAAGCUAAUGUAGUUCCUGUGCCAAAACAAAAACCGGUACAAGACGUAAAUAAACAUUUAAGACCCAUCUCGUUGACCCCAGUUUUAUCAAAGAUUGCAGAACAAUAUGUCGUUGAAAGGUACAUUAAACCAGCUGUUUUAAAAAAUGUCAAUCCACAGCAGUACAGAACUGUGCCUAAUUCUAGCACGACCUUUGCACUAAUCAACAUGGUCCACACCUGGCUCCAAUCUACUGAUGGAAAUGGAUCUACAGCAAGAGUAAUGCUCUUCGAUUUUCGGAAAGCAUUCGAUUUAAUUGACCACAACCGUUUUGGUACGUAAGCUCUCGUCGUAUGAUUUUCCAACAUCUGUAAUGCGCUGGAUUUUAGAUUUUUUAUCAAAUCGAAAGCAAAGAGUGAAGAUGAGCAGCGAUUGUUUUUCUGAGUGGGCUGAGUUACGUGCCGGGGUGCCACAAGGAACAAAACUUGGCCCCUGGUUGUUCUUGAUUAUGAUUAACGAUGUGAAGAUACCUGAUUUAGAUCUAUGGAAAUAUGUCGAUGAUUCCACCAUGUCCGAAAUAGUGAAGAAAAAUGAAGCAAGCUCUAUGCAAUUGCAUGUGGAUGAUUUCAUGACUCAAACAGAAGAGGACAAUUUCCAUUUGAAUGAAUCUAAGUGUAAGGAGCUGAGAAUAACAUUUUCAAAGGCGGAUUCUUUAAUGGACCCUAUCACCAUUAACGGAAAGGAAAUAGAAAUUGUUUCAUCAGCUAAAUUGUUGGGUACCAUUGUUUCCGGCGAUCUCAAGUGGAACUUACAUAUAGACAUGAUCUGCAAGAAAGUAGCAUCGCGUCUCUAUUUCCUUCGACAACUCAAACGAGCAAAAUUACCGAUCCAUGAUUUAUUGCUAUUUUAUAAAACAUGUAUAUGUCCCGUUGCUGAAUACGCGAGCCCUGUCUAUCACAACGCACUGCCACAGUACUUGUCAGAUCUAUUAGAAAGACUACAAAAGCGGGCACUGCGCAUUCUGUAUCCUGAUCUUCCCUACAUCCGGGCCCAAGAGAUAUCCGGAAUAACUUCUCUACGUAAAAGAAGAGAGGUGGCAAGUGAGCUUCUCUUCCAACAAGUUGUGCAGAACGAAAAUCAUAAACUACAUAAUCUGUUACCACCCAGAAACAAUAGUAAUAUUGGUACUAGGCGAAAACGUUUCUUCCAAUUACCAAAACAAACAGAUUGAAGAAUAGUUUUAUAAUGAAUAAUUCUUAUAAUUAUUAUUAACGUAAAUAAUAACAAUAGAUUCGACUAUUCUUAGAAGUUGAACUAAUGUACAUUAGUAGUCUUAAUAUUAAUAUUUUAGAGUUUUUAUAAAAAUACCGAACAGAACUAAUAAGUUAAAUUUUAAAGUUUAUAUGAUAGUUUGCUAGAAUCAGUAUUGUAAAAAUGAUCGUAAUUCAGCUUUCGGGGCUGCAAUGAUCUAUUUUAAUAAAAUAUCUAUCUAUCUAUCUAGGCUCGCCAACAGCAUUCUCCUCUCAGUUCUUCAAUCAGUGUUUUGCUUGCCUGCAAGGCAUUGUCUAUACUUCAUUUCCUCCUGGUGCAUACGAUACAUGGACUGUCGGUCACUGGGUAACAAUAAAUCAACUUCAGUUCUAUUGGUUGGCAGGGCUUUAUCCACACACUUUUGCUGAGCCCUGUUUUAGAAGAUUCCGUUAUUUUAUGCAUGAAUGUAGCACGUUUGUAGGGGCAAAGUCCCUGAAAGCUUUUGCUAUUUCAGCAUCUUAGAUUAUGUUGCCGUCACAUAUGUAAUCUUAUGCAAACAUUGUGCAAUACCAAAGAGACCUUUUCUGCGGCUUUUUCACUCUUCCAGCUCAAGGUUGUGUAAAUUUUAGAUUUUAGUUCGAAAAAUUUACUUUCUAUUUGUAAUAUUUGUUAUUCUUCAAUUAUCCCAUUCCAUUUUGUGCUGAUUUGAUCGAAAUUGUUAUGCGAAAUCCAAACAUGCAUGCCAUCUAAGCAUACAAGAUACAAAAUAUACGAUAGAGGUAGCUUUAUAAUGUAAACAUGUUUGAAAAAAAAAACCCAGCUCAAACUCAGGUGCAUUAAUGCAUGGCUCCAAUUUUGUAAGGAGUGGGGAAAUAGGAAAAUUUUUUAAAAAUUAAUUAAAAAUUAACAAAGCACACUAUGACUCUCAUUUUUGGGUGAGAUGUUGGAAAUCAACUGCCGAUAUUUUUCAACUAUUUGGUUUCCAUGGAAACUGGUCAUGUGACAAGAUAUAAGCGGUGAUAAUGGAAAUUAACUUAAUGUUUUAAAAUACGGCUUGUCAACACACUAAACAUUCAUAGAUAUGUACAAAAAUAUUAUCACGGAACCUUUUACUCUUAUACUGCAUUACUGUAAUUAGAAACUUGAAGAUUUUGCCACAGAUAUGAAAAUAUUGCUAUGAAUACAACAAUGUCUCGCACAAUGUCAAUAUGAUUUGCAAUAAAACGAUCGUUCCAGAUUACAAUGCUUACAAUUCUGGCUGUACUCUGGACAAAAUCUACGUAUUAACGACCCACAUUAACGUUGUCUUAUGUGUCGGCAAGUCCAACGCGUUUUUCGUGUGAUGAAUUCGCGCACGCCAUAAACAUUAUAGGCCCCUGCCGUGAAACUAAAUAUUAUGAAAUACAAAUACACAGACAAUGGCUAACACACUGCAACUAAUAGUAUGUGGUGCAUUCAAAGAAUAUGCAAGUAACAGAGAGAAUAAUAUGCACAGAAGUACAAUAUGAUAAGUACAUAUGCUCAUUUAUAUAUUGAACAGAAUAUUCGACACAAGUCUGAGCCUUUAUAUGAAAGGAUAUUAUAUUUCAACAACAACAUUUAUUGCGCCCUUAAGAGUUUUAAGAGAAAUAUGUCACACUAAAACUAGUAGUAAAACAUCACAACCCCAAAAAAGUUUGAACCAGCCAUAUGCUGGGUACUUAUUUGUAUUUCAAAUAUUUUUCUGUGCGUGGGAAACUAAAGAGAAAACACAAAUCAAUGUUGAAUAAUUCAGACAUAAAAACCUGCAAUAGCGAGCUUUAUAUAUUAAAGUUCAAAGGUCGCCGCAUAUCGCAUAUGAUAUAUUAUACUAUACAACGGCCAAUUGUACAAGAAAAACUAAUAAUUUACUAUCCCUGCUGGUUGCUAUAAUCUAACAUGAUCCAACAGCUCAUAUUUAUUCAAUUUCAGUUUCAUUCGAACGCUAAAACGCACUAAAAUAGCAACACGCUAGAUAUGUUUAAUCACGUGCGCAACUCGCGAGGAGAUAUCAAGUCAAGCGUGGGCAGAUUCAAGCAACAGCCAAGCAUUAAUCGGCCUGAGAAUAACCCUGUUUCUUGGAAUUUCAAAAACUAAAGUGAGUGAAAAUGAUUUUUGUUGUUUUUUCUUUUCGUUGGGGGAAAGAUUCAGCUUAAAAACUCAAUCCAAGAUGGAGUUUUGACCUCUGUUUACCAGAGGUAGGUUGGUGCUUGGAUAAAGUACUGGUUGGUUGGAACCAGCUGUUUCUGUAGCUUCAUAAAUUGGAUCCAGAUAAGGUGGAAGUAAUGAAUGAUCACCAGUAAGUUGUACCGACAGAUUUUGCCCCAAGGUCGUGGAUCACCUCAUUCAAUUCAUGAGCAUUUUGCAUCUUAUUUCUUCUGGUCAGUAGUUGAUCAGCAUAGCUGGCCAAUGAACGUGCCAACUGUUUCACUGAUGGUUUCAGGCUUGUCCAUUCUGACCGGUUCCAGAAUGAAUGCUGAAGAAUCACAAACAGGCUCUGGAAGUCUGUCAGAAGUCUGUCAGUGAAUUGACUUGUCGUUUAUGAUACUUGCACUUUUGUGGUUGAUUAUAGACUUUAAAAUUGUUAAAAGCCUCUGAGAUGUGACAGCUACAUUCAUACUGUGUUGACAGGGAACCAUCAAUGUACCACAACACAUCUUGCAAUACGUUAAGGGUUUAAGUUGCAGUUCCUCCAUGUACUUCAUCUGCCUUCCACACCAAUUAUUUUGAUUCAAAGAAUGAACUUAGGCCAUUAUUCAGUUGAUCUAGUUUGUUUUUAAUGAUCAAGGGUGGAGGAAAAUUUACAGUGUCACAUGAUGCUUGAGUGUCCAUUAGUAUUUCAAAUGCAUUCACUACUGGCUGAGCUUCUGCAGCCAUGCAACAUUUUACAUAGUACUUAAUGUAGUGCCCAAAUGCAGAUAUAACAUCACAUGUUGUUAAACCGAGGUUAUCCAGAGAUUCCUACUUGUCCUGCUCAAUUGCACAGUGUUCUUUGUCAGUUGUCAGUCUUUGUUUUAACAAUCUGAAAUAUAUUAUUAAAUGGUUAACUAAUUACAAUCUGCAGCUACUGACAUUAGAACUAUUAAAGUACAAAUUGCUUUUAUAUUUGGCCUCUGACCUGGAAAGCUGUAAAAACCCAUAUAAACAACCUAUUUUUAAUCAGGUCUCUUUUCAGAUUAGUUUCUCCGAUAAUGUACUUAGUAUUGAACACAUUGAUUGAGGACACAGGUUUUUUGCAUUAGGGAUAUGCAUGUUAAUAUCACAUUGUAGCUUUUUUUCAUUACCAAUAUACAGGUUUAUGUCAUAUUAUUUUUAUUACCAAGCCUCACUUUGGCACCAAGAGAACAUGUAGCAUCAAAUCGAGGCUUAGUGGAGAACAAUAGAAUGACAUAUAAAACCCACAUAAAUCUCCAUCCUCGUUCCCACAGUUCUUUGGCUGCCUGCGUUACCACCUAUCCUGGUGUUUGUUUUAUAUCGAUACUUGCAUUCCAUUGGCCAUUGCUGAUCGAGUGGCCAAUGAAAUCUCUCUUCUGGAUCAGGAGCCUCAUUUCAGGUUCUAUGUGGGUGAUGAAACUGUUCGGAUGGCAGCAGGAGAAUCUUUUAGGGGUUAGAUUAGGGUUAGUUUUCAGGGUUAGAGUUGGGUUUAGUGUUUAUAGCUUUUAAAGCGUUGUUGGACCCUUAGCCAGGAGGCAAGAAAGUCUGGUGCCGGACCUAUAACCAUGGCGUAUUAACCAACACUAAGUUCUUUGUAUGUUUGCAUGGCGAAAAAUAUAAUAGUUUUGUUUGUGGAAACACCAGGUAAAUUUAUUACUGCAAAGCUUUCGAUCCGUAAGCCCGGAUCUUUAUCAGUGCUAAUAAUAUGAAGCACUAUUAUUAUUACACAUUAUUAUUACAUAUUAUUAUUACAUAUUAUUAUUACAUAUUAUUAUUAUAUUUAUUACAUAUUAUUAUUAUUACAUUAUGAUUAAAUGGCAGCAUAAUUUAAACUAGUACCUUGCCCAUUAUUCUGUCGUUUAAUACAGAUUACAAACACUAAGAAUCACUUGUAUGUAUUUUUCUUCUUUAUCAAUUAAGAAAAAACUGCAAACACAUAAGUCAUGGGACAUGGAAGACUAUUUCCCUAGAAGGUCCCAACUUCCAGGGAUCCUUUAAGUAUAAUAUUGCAAAGGUAUGCAUAUAUACAGGGAAAAUUCUAAAUUUACAUUAAUGGAUUUUUGAAUGUAAAACUGAACUAUUUAGCUUUCCCAUAUGGUAAAUUAAAAACCACACUGUUUAAUAUUUACUAGGAAAAUACCAUUAAUGGUAAACAUUUUUUUUGCCCGAUUUACCAUAUUAGGAAAUCUCUAAUAACCAAUAAUGGUUUAGUUUUUACAUUGUAACAUUUUUUAUUAUGAAUGUAAAAACUAAACCCACUAUUAACUUUCUUUUAAAUAUUCAAUGUCAUAGGCUGGCAACAGUAAUAGUGGAAGUGAUGUGAGAUUUAAUGGUGCUAUUACUGAUACCAAACCUGUUGUUAUUGACUUGACUAGUAGUCAAACUCCAAUGAAAAAGAAGGUAAUUUACAUAAAGUUAACUCUUGUUAGCUUGAGUUAACCCUUGUUAAUUAGUAAUUCUUUUCAGUAGGAUGAAUGGAUUGUGUCUGUGACGUAGAGAGAAAACAGAACUGUUGUGCCUAAAACUGAUCAGCAUAUAUCUGGGAGGUGGAUAGUGCUUUUGAUGCAAUUUGAUUGGUUGCCCAGCUCCGUAUAUCCUUGCAUUAUUCACUGGUGAAUAAUUGUUAAUCAUUACAUACCAACUGUAACAGUUGAUGUCGGAGCAUAUAACAUGAAAGUCACAAAAUUCAACUGUUUCGUGGCAAAAGCUCUAAGCAGUUUAUUCAAUGGUGAAUAAUAUAAUUGUUAAGUUAUAAAGUAAAAAUUAUUGAAAGUCUCAGAUCCACAAAACAUGCUGUUUCUUGAAAGUCCCAGUCAAUAAGUAUACAAAACAUGUAAGCGCCCUGGUAUUCAAGGACUAUAACCAUGUUUCAUGACAAACUGCUUCUUCAGAUUUACGAAUCACCUUGAAUCAAGGUGAUUCGUAAAUCUGAAGAAGCAGUUUGUCAUGAAACAUGGUUAUAGUAGUGCAUGAAAAACAUGCUUUAACUGAAUGAAACCGGACAUUUUACAGUAAGACUAGCACUUAAGCAGAUGAACCAUUUCUUAAUUGUUUCAUAACCAACCCAAUGUCUUGUACCCACCCGCCCCUUUCUGAGACUGGAAAAGAUGUUCCUCUGUUUUAUCCAUCUCCCUCUAGUAGAUUAUGACCAAUCCCUUACUAUCAUAUAAAUCUUGCCUCGCAAAGUGUGCAACAUGUUUUUUGAAAAAAAUUCUAAUGAUUUGAUUUUUCAGAAUUUCAAAGGUAAAGAGCGAGUUUGUCCAGCAGUUCUUCUGAAGAAAGUGAUGGAACAACCAGAAAGAUGUCAAUUUGUACAUGGGACAAUGUCGAAAUGCAGUCAGUUCACCAACUCCCAGAGGGGAUAG